AUGGAGGGCAUCCAGACUCACCCGUCCAACGCCGCGCAGGCGAAGGCGUUCACCGCGCCCGGCUCGCUAUCGUUCCCCGGAGCGACCAACGAGCUGACUCCGCCCGCCAGCAAUGGCGACGCCGGACAGCGCGCUGUCAACGGCCAGCAGGCAGCAAACGGAAAUGGGGUGACUCCCGCUACUCCCGCUGCCACGCCUGCGGCCAACCAGGGCCCCAGUGGCAUCACUCCCACCUUGCAGAACAUUGUCGCAACGGUCAACCUUGACUGCCGCCUUGAUCUGAAGACGAUCGCUCUGCAUGCCCGCAACGCUGAGUACAAUCCCAAGCGUUUCGCGGCCGUUAUCAUGCGUAUCCGUGAGCCCAAGACCACUGCACUGAUCUUCGCCAGUGGCAAGAUGGUUGUCACCGGCGCCAAGUCCGAGGACGACUCGAAGCUUGCCUCGCGCAAGUACGCCCGAAUCAUUCAGAAGCUCGGUUUCAACGCCAAGUUCACCGACUUCAAGAUUCAGAACAUUGUCGGCUCCUGCGACAUCAAGUUCCCGAUUCGUCUCGAGGGCCUCGCGUCUCGCCACCACAACUUCAGCUCUUACGAGCCUGAGCUGUUCCCUGGUCUCAUCUACCGCAUGAUCAAGCCCAAGAUUGUUCUCCUCAUCUUCGUCAGCGGCAAGAUUGUCCUCACUGGUGCCAAGGUGCGCGAGGAGAUCUACCAGGCCUUCGAGAUGAUCUACCCUGUGCUGCAAGACUUCCGCAAGGUUUAG